GCAGUCACAAUGAGGCGAAGCUCAAGUAUUGCUGGAAGCAGCAGUCGACAAUCUAUGAUGGCACUGAGAGUGCAGGAUAACAACAAGAUGGGUCUUCAGACACCUCAGACGAAGGACAGAAGCACCUUUGGGAAGCUGAGCAUGACCAAACCUGCAUCUGGAGCUUCAGAAAGAAAAGUCAGCUGUUUUGGGAACAGAGCGAGUGGGGCUGGAGGGUCACGCAGCAGCCAGUUCGGUGUGUUUGGGACAGAAAAGAUAAAGGAUCCCAGGCCCCUUCAUGACAAGGCAUUCAUCCAGCAAUGUAUCAAGAAGCUUUGUGAGUUCCUUGUUGAGAAUGCUUAUGCCCACAAUGUUUCCAUGAAAUCACUACAGUCUCCAUCAGUUAAGGACUUUUUAAAGAUCUUCACCUUUAUCUAUAAAUUCCUCUGCCCUUCUUAUGAGCUGCCUGACUCAAAAUUUGAAGAGGAGAUUCCCAAAGUUUUUAAAGAUCUUGGGUACCCCUUUGCUCUGUCAAAAAGCUCCAUGUACACUGUGGGAGCACCACACACCUGGCCUCAGAUUGUGGCAGCUUUGGUUUGGUUAAUUGAUUGUGUCAAGCUAUACAAUGCGAUCAGGGAAAAUGCACCAUCCUUUGAUGACAGACAGAGCUGGGGAGGAGAGACAGAUGAUGGAAUUGUACAUAAUAAGCUUUUCAUGGACUACUGUGUGAAGUGCUAUGAUCUUUUCAUGAAAGGGAGAGAUACCUUUGAAGAGUUGGAUGCUGAAGUGCAGUCAAAAUUAAAGGAUUUAUUUAAUAUAGAUCCAUUCCAGAUGGAAAGUUUAGCAGCUGAAAACAAAAGGCUUCAAGAAGAGAUUGCAAGACUAGAAAAAGAAAAGGAAAGUGAGCCGGAUCGUAGAGUAACGCUACGAAAUGUGAAAUCGUCUCUUCAAGCAGACGUCCAGAAAUACCAGGCUUAUUUGGCUAAUCUGGAAUCUCAUAUAGCCAUCCUUGAUCAAAAACUGGAAAGUGUUAAUGAUGAAGUUGAGACAGCAGAAAUGGAAGUAGAAGCAACGAAGCAGGAGAAUGCCCGGCUCCGGCACAUCUUAGAUAACCAAAAGUACUCAGCUGCGGACAUUGAGAGAAUAAAUCAUGAGAGAAAUGAGCUGCAGCAAACCAUUAACAAGCUGACUAAGGAACUGGAAGCAGAAGAACAUCAGCUGUGGAAUGAAGAGCUAAAAUAUGCUAGGAAUAAAGAGGCGAUCGAAAUGCAACUGGCAGAGUAUCAUAAACUGGCUCGAAAGCUGAAAUUAAUUCCAGUAAGUGCAGAGAAUUCCAAAGGCCACGACUUUGAGAUUCAGUUUAAUCCUGAGGCAGGACCAAAUUGCCUCGUCAAAUACAGAACUCAGAUCAAGGCUCCCCUCAUGGAGAUCAUCAAUGACACUGAGGAAGAAAUUAGUAAAGCUACUCAACGGAAGAUGACUUUGGAAGAUACUUUGGAACAGGUGAAUGUAAUGCUAGAGGACAAGAAACGCAAUGUGAAAAUGCUGACAGAAGAAGCUGAAAAGCUGGAUGAUCUUUACCAGCAGAAGCUUAAGGAGAUAGAAGAGGAAGAGCAGAAAUGUGCAAAUGAACUGGAAUCGUUAAAGAAGCAUAAACAGUUACUUGAGAGUGGCGUCUAUGAAGGUCUCAGUGAAGCCACAAAUGAAUUGCAUGAUCUCCAAAGACAAUAUCAAGUUGUUUUGCAAACAACAACAGAAGAGAAGAGAAAAAUUGGUGCUAACUUGAGUCGUCUUAUAGAAACAGUUGCUACUCAUAUAGCAUCUAUAGUGAAAUACCUUGAUGAACAGAAUGUAAGAAUUUACAAAGAUGAUGAAGAAUUCAUGCCUGAAGAUCUAUUGUCACACUUGAGCAACAUUCUAGACACUUAUAAAAAGAAGGCUGAAAGUAUCUAAUCACUAGAGUGAUGAAGAUAAAAAUGUUGCAUUUCUGAAGCUCUAGUGUGCUGCCUUCUAAAGGGAUGGGUACUUAGCUGUGUUUAGCACUGAAACUGGUUUUAAGUGGAAGGAAGUAGUUACGAACAUUCUUUGUUUUGUUGACACAAAUACAUUUAAGAAUUAAACAAAAUAUUUG